UUUUUUUUUUUCAAACAAUGUCAGAGUCAAAAGCUGUUAUUCUUGUUGGUGGUCCUUCCAGAGGCACUCGUUUCAGACCUCUUUCACUUAACUGCCCUAAACCUCUUUUCCCUGUUGCAGGUCGUCCCAUUAUCUCUCAUCAUCUUGAUGCUUUGUCCAAAGUCAAUGGCUUAAAAGAAGUCUUGAUUAUUGGUUUAUUUGAAGAUAAGGUCUUUGCUCCUUAUAUCGAUAAUGCAGCUAUUGAAUUUCCUCAACUGAAAAUUCGUUAUCUUCAUGAGUAUCAAGCUUUAGGUACAGCAGGUGGCAUUUAUCAUUUCAGAGAUGAAAUAUUACGUGGACACACCAAGCAGUUCUUUGUGAUGCAUAUUGAUAUCGCUUGUUCUUUCCCUUUGAAUGAAAUGGUUGAAGCUCAUAAAGGUCAUCGAAACAUCUGUACUAUGCUUGGUACUAAAGUGCCUCAUAGUGAAGCCACCAAGUAUGGUAGUCUGAUUGCUGAUCCUCAGACCAACCAAGUACUUCACUAUGUUGAAAAGCCAGACACGUUCAUUUCUGAUUUGAUCUCUUGUGGUGUCUUUUUGUUUGACGUGACUGUGUUUGCUGAAAUGAAAAAGGCCUUGGACAAGAAAGAAAGUCAAGAACAAGGUGACUUUUUCUCUUCUCAUGAUGAAUUGCGUUUAGAACAAGAUAUUUUGAGACCUUUGACAGAAAACAACAAUCUUUAUGUUCAUGUCACAAAGCAAUUCUGGAGACAGAUCAAGACAGCCGGAUCUGCUAUUUCUGCCAAUGCUCUUUAUCUUGAAGCUGAGGCUCGUGAAGGUUCUGAUCGUUUGGCUAAGAAUGUGCCUGGUGGACCCGAAAUCAUUGGUGCUGUCUAUAUUCAUCCUUCUGCUCAUGUUGACCCCACAGCCAAACUCGGCCCUAAUGUCUCUAUUGGCCCUCGUGUGAACAUUAUGGGUGGUGUACGUGUCAAGGAUUCAAUUUUACUUGACAGUGUUCAUGUGGGUAAAGCCAGCUGUGUCCUUCAUUCUAUCAUUGGCUGGAACAGUCGUAUUGGUUCUUGGGCACGCGUGGAGGGUUGUCCAGUGCAUGAAGAAGAUAGUUCUAUGAUGAAGAAUGGUGUCAAGAGUCAAAGCAUUACUAUCUUGGGCAAAGAUGUUUCUGUCAUGGACGAAACUAUUAUCCGCAACUGUAUUGUGUUGCCUCACAAAGAACUCAAGGCUUGUUUCCAUAAUGAAAUUCUUAUGUAGAAAAAGCGUCACAAAUGUAAUAAAAUUUUUAGAUGCUUUAAAGAGAUUAUCUUGCAGAAAAAGAAA